GUGCUUCCUGGUUGUAGCUGCCAGCAAGAAUGGACUUGGCGAAGCUCCAAAUACCACUCUUUUCAUCCUCAGCACACGUAGCUAGUCUUCAUUUUCUCCCCUUGGUGGGCCAGUGAGCCAUAGAAAUCUCACAGCGUCUCUGUCUCUCUCUGCUAGGGAUAUCUGCAGGAAAGCUUUCUUGAUGUCUGCCAUGAAUGCGAUCUCAUGUAGUCUGAACCUUAUCAGAACGCUGAGCAGAUCCGGAUUCAGGUUCGGUCCUGUGAGUAGACAGUCAUUGAGGGAUGGACAGCCAUCUUCAUGGGACGAGGCAUCAAACACCACUCUGUUUUGUUGUCACCUUAUCUUCUCGGAGUACUGCAUGGUGAGGAACACAGACGGACACUGGGAGAGGAUCAUGUUGACGUUGACUCUUCUGGGCCUCAGUAUAGGACUGGUGGCUAAUGCUUUCCCCACACAGAAUUCUGGAAACGGGAAGAACUGGGUGGUGAUUGUCGCUGGCUCCAAAGGCUGGCACAACUACAGACACCAGGCCGAUGCUUGCCAUGCGUACCAGAUCGUCCACAAGAAUGGCAUCCCUGACGAGCAGAUUGUUGUGAUGAUGUAUGAUGAUCUGGCGACCAAUGAGCAAAACCUCACCCCAGGUGUGGUGAUCAACCGACCCAAUGGAACAAACGUCUACAAGGGAGUCCCCAAAGACUACACUAGAAACGCUGUGACCCCUGACAACUUCCUGGCGGUGCUGAAGGGUGACUCUGCCAGUACAAAGCAGGGUUCUGGAAAGGUACUGAAGAGCGGUCCCAACGACCACGUGUUUGUGUACAUCUCUGCUCGAGGAGCGCCUGGUCUGCUGGCCUUCCCCAAUGAUGAGCUCUAUGCUGACGAUCUCCUGGACGUUAUUAUCUACAUGCAUAAGAACAAGACAUACAAAAAGAUGGUGUUCUAUAUUGAUGCCUGUGAUUCAGGAUCAAUGAUGACCAAGCUGCCUGAUGACAUCAAUGUGUAUGCCACCACAGCAACCAACUCCUAUGCCUGUUACUAUGACGAGAAGAGGAAGACCUACCUGGGGGACUGGUACAGUGUUAAUUGGAUGGAAAACUCUGAUGUGGAGGACCUGAGCAAGGAGACCCUAAUGAGACAGUUCAAGGUCGUCCAGAGCCAGACCAGACACGUCAUGCAAUUUGGAAACAAGACUCUGGCCAAUAUGAAGGUAAAGGCUUUUCAAGGUAAUGCCAACGCCCGGCCUGCCCCCCCCAUGACCCUGCAGCCUGUAUUGGAGCCAGGUCUAAUCCCCAGCCCUGACGUCCCUAUGGCCAUCCUCAAUAGGACAUACUCAUCGGCUGUGGCUUUGUAUCUCAACAAGCUCCGCUCACACCUCAAGGGGAUUGAGCAGCUGAAACAGAAGAUGCAAAAGGUGGUGCAGUGUGUGACGGGCGAUAACCGCGAGAAUCCGAAGAUUCUGAGUGUGAAGAUGGAUCGAUUGCAGCAACAGUGCUACAAGGAUGCUGUCAGUCACUACAAGAAACAUUGCUUUAGCUGGUUUUUCCCUGAGCAUGAGUAUUAUCUGCGGGACCUGUACACGUUGUUCAACCUGUGUGGGUCAGGAUAUCGAACAGAUUGUAUCCUGAUGACAAUAGAGAAAGUGUGUCUAGUUGAAGAGACAGGUUGCGGUGUCUGCGGAUAGUAGGGUCUGAGAAGACAAGUCUCGUCUUUUCACUGAAGUUUGACUCUUUUUUAUUUUUUAAUCACUACUCUCUUCUAAUUUCUAAUUUCAAACUUGUUUUUUCCCCUCCGGUUUUAAUGAGACCUUUUUUUAAAGAUGUGUUUUUAUAAUGAAUUUCACUAUUUCCCUGUGAGAGUUUGUUUUGUUUUUGAUGAGAAGAAUGUUUUUCACAUUUUUUUUUUACUGCUCUGAUUUCUAUGAACACUAAUGAGAGGAGAUCAGGAGCCACUUUGCCCACUUGGUUGUCAGCUCUGCUCUGCUGGUAGCUCUGCUGGUUGCUCUGCUCUGCUGGUUGCUCUGCUCUGCUGCUUGUCUGCUCUGCUCUGCUGGUUGUCUGCUCUGCUCUGCUGGUUGUCUGCUCUGCUCUGCUGGUUGUCUGCUCUGCUCUGCUGGUAGCUCUGCUGGUUGUCAGCUCUGCUCUGCUGGUUGCUCUGCUCUGCUGGUUGCUCUGCUCUGCUGGUUGUCUGCUCUGCUCUGCUGGUUGUCUGCUCUGCUCUGCUGGUUGCUCUGCUCUGCUGGUUGUCAGCUCUGCUCUGCUGGUAGCUCUGCUGAUUGCUCUGCUCUGCUGGUAGCUCUGCUGCAGUAGGGUGAAGUUCACCUAGUUUCUGAUCUUAAUGUCAGUUCUGCUUCCCCCCCCCCACCAAUGGUUAAGUUUAUGACUUGUAGAAGGGGAAGCAGAUCCUAGAAGGGACUUCACCCCUGAGACUGACCUGGAGGUUGAAUCCUACAGCAUCACACAUGAUCUGCAAGAUAGAUCUGCAAGGAUAGCCUGAUCCUUUAAAAACAGGAGAUUGGGUUAUGUUGAUGUUGUCACACGGAUUUUGAAAUAUAACCUGGACAGUCUAAAACAGCUGUGGACUAGUCAUUGCUCUCGCCGUCGGUGCCUUUUAUAUCUAGUCAAGGUUUAAUUAAGAUAUUGCCGAGUCAGAUAAUUGUUAUCAUAUUAGGAUUGUUUGAGUUAAACGAUACAGCUGCUGUAGCUGGUUUUGCUGAGGAUAGGUACAACGGACACAAUGCUCUUUUUAAAAGGUGAAGUUUCUGAAUGGUCGUCUAGGAGGCGGUGGAAGGAAUUGAGGAGCGGACUGCAGCAAUUGUGUAAAUAAAACCUCUGUUCAGACAUGUCUUUGUAUUGCCUUCAAUGUACAGGCUGUACAACCAAUUACACACACCCAUUUUGAAGUGGAGACUGGUUUGCUCAUAAUUCAGUAUUGUUUAAUGGUUGCCAUGACAUUCUUAAUAGUAAUGUUUUUUUUAAACCAGGUAAGUAGUCAUUUUCAGCAACAACCUGGGGAAUAGUUACUUAGAAGAGGAAUGAGCCAAUUGUAAACUGGGGAUGAUUAGGUGACCGUAUGAGGGACAGCUUAGGAAUUUAGCCAGGACACCGGGGUUAACACCCCUACUGACAAUAAGUGCCAUGGGAUCUUUAAUGACCUCAAGAGAGUCAGGACACCGGGGUUAACACCCCUACUGACAAUAAGUGCCAUGGGAUCUUUAAUUACCUCAGAGAGUCAGGACACCGGGGUUAACACCCCUACUGACAAUAAGUGCCAUGGGAUCUUUAAUGACCUCAGAGAGUCAGGACACCGGGGUUAACACCCCUACUGACAAUAAGUGCCAUGGGAUCUUUAAUGACCUCAGAGUCAGGACACCCGUUUAACAUCCCUUCCGAAAGACUGCACCCUACACAGGGCAGUGUCUCCAAUCACUGACCUGGGGAAUUGGGAUCUUCUUUUUAGACCAGAGGAAAGAGUGCCUCCUACUGACCCUCCAACACCACUUCCAGCAGCAUCUGGUCUCCCAUCCAGGGACUGACCAGGACCAACCCUGCUUAGCUUCAGAAGCAACCCAGUGUAACCGGUGCUAUACUGCACCGCUGUAGCUCUGCAUUGUGUUGGUUGAUUGAGACUAUAGACGUGGACUUUGGCGAUCGGGUAGUUUUAGUCAAGCAGAACUCCACUCUCUGCAUCCUGCAUCGCAUCCAAAAGGAAAUAAAUCAUUUGUAGAGCAACAUUAUGUUCUGCGAAUCGUCGCCUCUUUCUACAACAGAUGCACAAUAGGAGGGACUGGGAUCAUUCGAGGAGCUAGCCAUCGUUCACACAUACAGUAGCCUGCUAAUAACUUAGCUAGCUAUUAACCACAUGUUGAAUUCAGAAUGUUGAUAUCAUCCACUUAUGAGUAACCUCUAACUAUACAUCAUUAUUCAUGAACAGAACACUGUGUGUAUGACUUUGUGCUUAAUUAAAAUAAUCUAACUUUUC